GCUAAGCAGCCGAGACAAGCAGGUGCAUAGCAGCAGCCACAUCUCACAUCUAUCACCAGAUAGCGAUGUGGCGCACUCUAGCGAUGUUGAGCGGCUCAAAAAGCAGAUACAGAGGCUCAAAAGCGAGCUUGUGCGCACAAUUGCUUCUCAUGAAGAGGAACAAGAGCAUUUGGAAAAGGCCCAUCAAGGUCAAACUGAUGCAAUGGCGAGAGAGAUCUCUGAGCUGAAGGAGCAGUGCGACAUCGCCAGAAAAUCUGCUGGUCAGACGAGCCAAUCUUCCUCCGAGAUCCACCAGGGAAAAGAGGAUGCGUUGGAUGAUGGUGUGGCCCAUGCCCGCAUCAUGGAGUUGCAGGUGCGCAUCAAGGAGUUACAGGCAGAGAACGUAAGGCUCGCGGCAGACAGUACAGCAAAGCAGGCAUCGGAAAGCAUCCCCUUUGGGACAGCAACAGAAGCAGCGUUCUGGUCAGCAAAUUCUGAGGCGGAAAACGAAAGGCUCCAGAAGCUUCAAGCACAGCUGCAAGCUCUGCAGACUGCCGCGCAGACCGACAAGGCCUCAGCGCAUGCAGAUGUCCAGAGCGAGAGGAACGCGCAUGCAGAGACGCAGCGUCUUCUUGCUGAGAGCCAGGCCGCCCUUCAGGAAGUUGCGGGCAGGGAGCAGGCCCGCUCCAAGUCAGCAGAGCAAGCCCACGAGUGCUUGCAGAGCGAGCUGCAGCAGGUGCAAGCAGCCCUGCACUCCCAGCAGCUGCAGGCGCAGAGCGGCCUGGAAGCAGAGCACUCUGCACAUGCGUUUACGAGGCAGCGGCUGGCAGAAAUUGAGGAGUCGGUGCGGAGCCGAUCUGCCUCGCUGGAGAAGCAGCUGGAAGAGGAGCGCCUCCGGCACGAGCAGACUGCAUUAGAGCUUGAGAAAGUCAGGCAGCAGCUGGCAGCAAGCCGGAGCGAGGAAGGACAGGACCUACAAGCAGAGAAGCAGAGGCUCAGGGAGGCUCUUGAAGAGCUGGAUCGUGUGAGGCAGGAGCUUGCCGCAGCGGUGCAUGCAAGGGCGGAGGCAGACAGUGCUCUUGCUGCCGAGCGCAGCACUAAGGAGGCUCAGCAGUCUUUGGAGGAUCCUGCCGUUUUGGAGGGUUUGCCCUUGGUGGUGGAACUCAGGUCGCAGCUGCAUGAACAGCAGACAACGAGCCUCCAGCUGCAAGUGGAUGCUGAGUUGCUGCGGCAGAGGCUCAAGCAGGCGACGAUGGCAGAGCAGGAAGAUGAGGAGGACAAGAUGAGGUGGCGAGUUGAGGCGGAGGUGCGGCUGGCAAUGGAAAGCGCACAGCAGGCGGAAGCGCAGCGACAGGCUCACUACGAAAGGGAGCUGGCUAAUCUCAGGGCAGACUUGGAGUUCAGCAAGGCACAGGCUGAGCGGCUGGGCACUGAUGUGGAAGCCUGGAAUGCUGCCGUGGCUGCCCGUGAUGCCGAGAUUCAGAAUCUGCAGGCUGCCUUGGGUGAGCUUGCAUACAGCAGUGAGGCAGCGGAGCGUUUGCGUGCUGAGCUUCGUGCGUCAGCUGCAAAGCUGAGGAGCGCACAGGACGACAUUGCAGCAACUAAGAGGGAGCUGCAGGAAGGUGCCGCAGCCAGGCAGACAAUUGAAGCAGAGCUGACGGCCCUAAAACAGGAGCAGCAGAAGCAGAGUGACUUUGCUGCGCGCUUGUCGGAGGAGACAGUGAUGCUGAGGAGGGCGCUGGCGGAGAGCAUGAAGCGGCUGAAGCUGGCACACAGCGACGCAGAUGCCAUGGUCGACCGCCGCAUCGUCACCAAACUGCUGAUCACCUACUUUGAGCGCGGCCGCAGCGACCAGAGCGUUCUCAAUCUCAUGGCAUCCAUGCUGGGCUUCACUGAGGAGGAAAAAAAGAAGGUCGGUCUGGCGUCCAAGGCCGGCAUCCUGAGGACGGUUGCCGGCGCGCCGCUGGCGCUCGUCAAGGGCCUGGCCAAGAGCGGCGGUGAAGGGCCUGGCACACCCACCAGUGGCGAUGCCUCCCUGGCAAACGAGUGGGUGGAGUUCCUCAUACAGCAGGCGGAGGCGGCUGAUGCUGUGGAGGCGAAUGGGCGUAGCUCAGGCGGCGGGAGUCAGACAUAUGAGCCACAGAUGCCGCCUUGA